CGAGAUUUCACAAGAUCACGUUUUCCCCAGCCGUCACCAAACAAUCAUGGCGGACUACCAAGAUGCGCCCUUGGCUAGUCGGACAAAAGUACUGGACCCAAAUGAGUAUUUCAACGUGUCGCUGGACAAGCGACGUGCCGAAGAAAGCAGAGCAGCUCUACGAGCGAACCUGAAGCGGCAGUAUCAGACGCAACUCAAUAACCCGCACAGAAAAGAGCUUAUUGAGGACCCUGCCCUGACACGCUGGGUGUAUGCACGUGCCAACCCCUACCCACACUUCAAGGCCACAUUCAAGACAUCUCUGAUUGGUGCGAUGUUUGGAAUUGUGCCUCUCUUCGCCCUUUUCUAUAUCUUCAAGACAGACCGGAAUAGGAAGGAGGAGCAGAUUAAGGCCGGAACCGUCGUGCGCAAGUUCUGUUUGUCAUCCUAAACUGCGGUGUAUAAAGACCUCCUUUAUGUUCUAGUGAUGCCGCUGCAUGUAAUUAUUAUUAUUAACCGAAUAAAAUUAUAUUGUCAAAAACA